AGUGUUUGGAUCCAAGUGGCUGUACUGGGCUCUGCCUUGGCUGCUCCAGGGGUCCCUCCUGCAUGCUAAACCCUGCAUGUGAGGGGCAGGUGAUGGGUGCUCAGCACAAGGCUGGCCAGGACAGGGCAGCACCUCAGCCUGCAGAGCAGUGGUCAGGGGCAGGUGGGCUCAGAGCCACGCAUGGGGGAGGGAUGGGAAGGCUGCCUGCUCCCCUCUGCCAGCAGCCCCAGUACCCCACCCCCUGGGUGCCGAGCCCCCACGCAGGCGUGACACGAUGACAUAAGUCCUGCGUGAGGAGAGCUGAGGCUGCCAUGUCUGUGAGUGUCCGUGUGUGCUGACUUGCUGUCCGUCUGUCCGUCCAUGCUCUGUGCAGCUCCUGGGAGCCAUCCCUGGGGAAGCCUCUUGAGGGGACCCUGCCCUUACUGGGGGGGCAGCAGCCCCCAGCCCUAUAGUGGCCUGGACCUGGCGGUUGCCCACCACAGGGUAUGUUUGCCCCCAGGGUCCUGCAGCCUGUGCUGGGAGGUGUCACAGCAGCUCGUGGUGUCCCCUGGGCUGAGGCAGGUUGCAUGUGAAAGGUGGGCCAGACGGGCUGCCCUCUGCCAGCCUGGUGUCUGCUGGGCAGAUGAGAAUGACUCCUUCCCAUCAUACCCUCGUGUUGCUGGACUUCACGGCAGUUGGAGGAUCCUGUCACAGAGGGGACACCACAUCCCCCCGAGGUCCAUCCCACUGAGCGUAGCACAACCUGUGCUCCCCUGUCAAAGCUGGUGAAGCAGAGGAGCAAAAAAAGCCGAGGGGCUGGGGAGGAGGAGGCUGGUGCAUCCGUUGUUCUGGGUCCCGGCAUGGGCUGGGGAUGCCAGCGGGACCAAGGAGCGGUGAGGGCCAAGGCAGUGGUUCUGGGCACUGGGAGCUGCCACCAUGCAAACCAACGGAGGAAAGAGGUGUUGGGGCAGGUAGCACUCCUGUCCCUGUCACCUACAGGACAAGGAUGGAAGUGACCUGCCAGAAGGGGACUGUGGUCUGGAAGGGUCCUGAGGUGUUGUGGGAGAUGUGGAUAAAGAGCUGCUCAAAGGAGCAGGAUGGCUGGGGCAGGAGCAGGGCUCGCAGGCAGCAUAAACCAAGAGCCAGCAUGAACGGGAGGAAGGCUGGGCUGUGGGUGUGAGCCUGGGGGGCACGUGCUGUUUGGCAGCAGUGGUGCGGGCUGCAGGGCCGGGGCUGCCCCCACCUCUGGCUCUCGUGUCUGUGCUGAUGCCUUGGCAGGACUCCCUGUGCUGAGGAGAGGGCUUUGCUCCCUCCCAGUGUCCGACUGCGUGCGGGGUCGGGAAUCGCGGGUCCGGUGGCUGCGGUGCCGGAGCGCGCUGGGCUGUGGCCACACGGGUGCGUCUGGAGAGGAGACGUGUCUGCGGCGGAGGGGAGGGCAGCAGGGUGGGUUCCUGCGGCUGAUGCCCUAUACCUGGUCUGGGUGGGAGAAUUGGGAUGUGGCACGGGGAACUGGGUGCUGUUUGCACAGGCACCUCGGGGUGAGGGGUGUGUGCAGGGCUGGGGGCUGCAGCAGCAGAGGGUGGAACAGCACUGGGGAGGUGCAUCUGCCCCUGCCCUGGUUCCAGGAUGGUUCUGCCCCCCUGCCCACUGACAACCUGGAUUUUGGCUGCUGGUGAUUGAGGAGUUCCAUUCUGCUGCAUUUGCCCCCUCUGUCUCUCUCACACAAGAGCAGGGGAGGUCUGGCAGGCUGGGGGGACCCCAAGACAUGACUGAGGCUGCAUUUGCAGGGCACAGAGAGGAGACGUUUUGGAUCAGUGAAAUAUAAGAGGGAGCAAGGAGCCCCCCACCCCAGCUGCCUGCAGUGGUGCCUUUGCUGCUUUAUCACCUCUCCCAGUGCUGAAUUAUUGAGAGUGUUGCUCUCGUUUAUUGCCGUGCUGGAGGAGAGCUGCCUCUGCCCGGCACUGCUCUGAAUAUGAUUAUGGGGCUGGAGAUGUCAGAGCCCGCUGGGCCCCGGAGACCGAUCUGCUGCCCCCCUCGCUCCUGUGCUUCCCUUAUCCUUAUUUAUUCUCUCGCUCCUGUGCCUGGUUCAGCGCUCACGGUUCCCUCGCUCCCUCCACUGUGCAGUGCCCCAGGAGGAUGGAGAUUUAGUGCCUGAGGAGCAGCACUGCCCAGCUGCUGAGCCUGCAGCAUGUGCCGGGGGUGACUGGGGGCUCGUGCCCCACAGGAUCCAGCUACCCCAGGACUCCCCUGACUUAUUCCCAUGGCUGACCCUGCAGCCAACUCUCCUCUGUGUCCCCUGCGAGAUCUCUGCUGGUCGUGCUGCUCUGCCCUGUGAGAUAGGGUCCUGGACGUCUGUGGGGGGCAAGGCUGGGCUUUGAGGGAUGGUGGCUGCCCUGUUGUUGUUAAGGAUUCCUGGGUGCCCUCUCAUGCAGUCGGAGGUGGCCACAUCCUGGGCUGCAGGGACCAUCCCCAUUGCUCCUCACUGCACAAGGAGGCUGGUGCCUGCUGGCUCUGUCCCCCUUGGGCCACUACUCGGCUGCUCCCACAAAGGGGGGGAUGCUGGGCCCCCCCAGGAAGCCCGUCCUGGCAGAACCUGCCCGACCAUGGCCGAGCGUCCCUGCCUGCUGGGAGCAGAAUGGGAGCAGGGGGCUAUGGAAUCCGCUGUGGCCAGGGUGGCCAGGAGCCGGCUGGCACCUUGCAGGUUAACCGCGAGCAGCGGAUUCCCUUAUUGACAGGGUAGCUUGAAAAAUGCUGAGGCAGGACAUCGGCUCCUCGGAGUGUCAGCGGAGCCCACGCUGCGCUGGUGAGUGCCCACGCUGCUGCUGCUGCGGCCCCAACGCCCAGCCUGGCCCCCGACCCCCACCCUGCCACCCCUCUCACUGCUGGGGUUGGUUCCCCUCUCACGGUCGUCCUUCCCUUUGCUCUUGAGGACGCCAGAGAGGAUUUCAUUUUUAUUCCUCCUCUCCCGUUUUUCCCUGGGGUGGAUAAGCUGCUGCCUGCCAGGGCUGCCCUCCAGCCCCUGCCCUCCCGCAGCAGCAUGCUGGAGGUCGAACAGCGGCUCUGAGCCGCGGCGCUCACGCCGCAGGGAGGGAGGCGAGCGCGCAGGGCUCCGGGAGCGCCGGCCGUGGGCGCUGGAGCCGGACAGACAGAGGGGACAGAGCCCACCCAGGAGGGGCGGCGGCCAGCACAGCCAGCAUCUGGAGCAGCCCACUGCCCUCCUGCCGACCCCACAGAGCAGCUCAACACCUGGCCACCAACAUGAUGAUGUAUUUUUGGGUAGGUACUUCCGCCAAGGAUGGGCACUUCCCUCCCUCUCUGCCGGGGUUUUGCUCAGGAUUGGGGUCAUUUCUCACUGUUGCUGCUCCCUGGCUGUGCUGCUGGUCAGGGAGAGCUUUCCCUUCUGGCCAGGCACUCACAGCCCACAGCCGCAGGCAGCGGGCAGGGGACGGGCUGCAGUGCUGGAGGCAGGCCUGGUGUUGAGGAGGAACAGAGCAGCGGGCUAAUGUCCCUGCCCAGACAUUGUGCCCUGCCGAGGGCACCUCCAAACAACCCUUCUGCCUCCCUGCUGCUGCCUUCAAGCCCCACACAGUGCUGGCCGCAGGCAGAAGCCUCCCAUGCCCAGAACCAGUCCCCCUGCCUCAGCUGUGCCAUGGUGGUGGGCAGUGGGCUCUGGAGCCUGCCUGGGCGCUGUGUUAGGCAGGGGCACGGGUCUGUGGUGGCAGCGGGAUGUUCAGGUCACACCUGUGUGUGGAGCAGCAGCCACCUCUCACUGAGUCUGUGCCCUGUGGGUGCUCACCCAAGGUCUGAUCGGAUGCUUGUGGGGUGGUCCCCACACUUUAUCUCAGGCUUGAAGUUGAUGACCAAGGCUGUUGAGGUCCCUCCACAGCACUGCAGGAGCUGGGCUGUGUCAGGCUCUACACCAUCCAGGGGCCUUCCUGUGGCAUCCUGGCCCAUAACUGGGGCUGAAGCCAGUGGUGCCAGCUCCUUCCACCCACUCCCCCCAGAGAUGGCAAGGGCUGGGGGCUGCAGCAGUCUGGUGGAGAUUACACGUUCCAGGGAGUUGUGCUCCCCUGGAUUUGAGAGAAGGGAACAGAGUGAGCAGAGCCAGGUUAUGGGGGAUGUGGGGAAAGGAGUUUAUGGGGAGGAGGAGGAGGAUAAUGCAAAUUCAUUGUUGCUCAAGGAAGCAGCUUUCAGGCGUAAGGUGCUUUGUCAUGAGGGAUGUCGGUGCUGCUGCCGCUCUGGAGCUCGUGGGGGCUGGCAGAGCCUCCUGCUUUGGUACUAAUUCUGCCCAGGGACUUAACGACCCACCACAGCUGCAGGAGUGAACCAGAGCUUCCGCUUGAGGCUCCGUUGGCACCACGUGGCUUUGCGGAGCUCAGCCGGGCAGCGUGGGUUGCCCGUUCCUGUGGGAGCUCCAGGCACAACUCCCCACACCACACUGGCUCUGGGGCAGUGGUGCUUAAGGGUCCCUAUUCCCUGUCCUGUCCAGCACACGGAGCCAGCCUGCCUGGGACAGCCGGUCUGGGCUCUGCGCGGUGCCAUCCCCAGCUCUGCUGGGAGGGGCUGGGCAGGGGCUGUGGUCCUGGCAGAGCAGUGAGUGUCAUUCAUGGCAUCACAGGCGUCUCUCCACCGUGGCGUGGGAGGAAGCAGAGGGUCCGGUGUCCCCUCAUGGUGGCAGGGGGCAGUGGGUGGCUCAGUCAUUGACAUCACAACAGGCUGAGAUGCCAAAGCAAAAUGUCUUCAAAUGAGCAGUAAUUGCAGGGAAAUAAGGAGCACGUGGGGUGAGGGGAAGGAGGGGUCUGUAAAUAUUAUGAUUUUUAAAGUUUGCCCUGGAGUCCCAGUGCUUGUUUAACACUAAUAUCCUAUCUGUGCAUUUAAAAAGCCUCAUAAUGAGGAUGCAGUGUUUGCUCCUGGAACAACUCCAGCCCGGUGCUCCUCCCUGACCACCUCACCUGUCUGCUGCUCCAGUGGGUCCCAGCCCAGCGCCCACAUUGGCAUGCCAUGUGUACCCCUGCUUGGGGUUGCUCAAACUCCCCUGUCCUGUCCCAUGUGCUGACACCCCACGGCCUGCUGCCAAAGCCCCCCAGCAGCCUGAGAGGCUGGUGCACAUCUUAGGGGGUGCGUUUUCUUGGGAACUCUUUGUCAGGCAACAGAGCCGGUCUCAGAAAAUAGGGGGACUCUGGGAUGAGGCAUUUUGGGUCCCUGGGUCCAUAGUUGCUUGUUCCUUGCAUCACCCUCCGUCGUUCCUGCAUCACCCUCCAUCAUUCCUGCCUCCUCCUUCAUCCACGCUGGGCUUGGCAGUGGUGGUGGCCCUGGUGGUGGCCUUGGCAGUGGCAGUAACUCUGGCCCCAGUGGUGGUGGUGGCCCUGGUGACCCUGUGACACACGUGGUGCAGCCGUUUCCCCUGCCAUGGCCCCCCCACACUGCCCACCUGGCCCACGAGCUCGAGGUGCUCAGCAGCAGCUGCUCUGCCACGGUGCUGCUGCUGCAUGUUAAUUCUCAUUAAAUUCAGGGAGCCUAAUUGCCAUUUCAUGUAAAUAUUUUGUCAAGUGAAAGGGCUUCUGGAAGGGUCGUGUGGGUGGAGGCGAGGAGCCAGGCAGAGUGACAGGCUCGUCCUCCCAGCCAGGGAUGCCAAGUGUGUCCCUGCAGUAGCUGCCGUGUGUCCCGCAGGGGGUGGGGUGUGGCCGGCUGCUGGAGGUCCCUGUGCACUGAUUGCUCGUGCCAGAUGAUGGGGGACAUAGGAUGGCUGCAACCAGGGCACUGUUCUGUAGAGAGCACUGAGGGUCCUCUCCCUGCCUGGGUGGCUGAAGGGCAAAGGAGGGAGGGGUGACACAGGGGGCCAUAGGACAUCCCCAGAUGGUAGCCCAGCCACUCUCCUGCUCUGCACGGUGCUGGCAGCUCUUGACAGAGGUUGAAGAUGCCCAAGGCCCCCUCCUGUCCCCCACCAUGGGCCAGGAACUUCUCAGUGAGGUGGAUUUUUUCCCUGGAUCCCAUUAAACUUCCACAUGCUUUCCCUGCAUUCCUGCUCCCCUCCCAGUGCCACAGCUGCUGUUUCAAAUACUGUCCAUGUCGUGGUAACAGUCCCCUCCUCACCUGGUGAGAUCAUGCCUGGGUGCUCCACCUUUGGGAAUUCAGAGCAGGCGGGGUCUCCAGUGACCCCUGAGAGCUGCUGGAGUAGGAGGAAGGAGCAGGGAAAGAUGGAGAGGAGGUUUAACAGGGUGCAGAGGAGGCUUGUUGGUCCCUUAUCGCUGUCCUGGUCUGUGCCCUGCACUGGGGCAGUCCCUGCAGCCAAGGCACUGGGGACGUGGGACCCUCCCCUCGCAGCACGGCGGCUCAGAUCCGUCAGCACCUUCAUCUAAUCGCUUUAUGUCUAUGACUAACUACUAAUGAGCUUUUAAUUAAUGAAUACCAUGGCUUGGAGGCAUUCUGGAGCGGGUGGGAGAAGAGGAUUAGGCGGGUGCUGUGUUCCCUGGGUGCUGCGGGGCCACCGGCACUGCAUUCACGGGAUGUGGGCAGGCUGGAGCAUCUGACCUCGCGGUCUGACCUCACUAGUCUGACUUCACCGGCCCUUGUGGCAGUGGCUGCACCUCACCUGACCUGCAGCCCUCUUUUAGCAGCUCUCCCAAGCAUCAGCAUCCAGCUUUGCCCUGUAGAUGCAUGCUGCAGGGGCCGUGGGGGUCCUGUUAAGCACUAGACACUGGGAGCCCGCACUGCACCAGCCCACCCGUGGCUGUGCCCCCACGGCAGGUCCAUGGGCACUGCCUCAUCCCUCUCUGGGAGAGGAUGAGGGAUGGCUCCUGGUGAGGAGUGCAGUACCAGGGGCUGGAUUUCCCAUUGCAUCCCAUGGGUCAGGAUCUGGACAUAGCGUUGGGGCAGACCUGGGAGGGCAGCAGCUCUGACGUGUGCUCAGGGCUUAGUGCGGUGUGUGCAGGACCCUGGGCACCUGGAUGUGCCGCAGCCAUGCCAUGCCAGCAGCCUGUGGCACCACCCACUCGGGGGGCCUGAGGGGGCUGGGGCUCUGGGCAGACCUUGGGGCCUCAUUCCUGGCAGAUAAAGGUUCCAAAUGGUGGAGUGUGCCUCAGAGGGGAGCCGAGCUGUUCUAGCAUUUCCCUGGGAGCUGCCAGCACCGCACUGGCUGCUGGUACAUCCUGGAUACCUGGAGCGACUGGAUGUGCCGCACUGUCCCCAGCAGGUUCCCUUGGUGGUGGUUUGGGGGGGGUGUGCACGUCAGCUGUCCCACUGCAGGCUCUGCCCCUUGGCUCCAGCACCAGAACAGUGGCCAAGACCACUCCUGUCCCAGUGCCAUGUUGUUCUCCCUCUCCCAGAAAACAAAACGAAGGAGCCCUCAAGGGUUCAUUUAAAAUAAAUAAAAAGCUGGGAAUUGUGCUGAUUUGAAGGAAAGGCAGUCCCAUCCUGUGUGGGGGAGCACAGUGCCAACCCAGCCCCGAAGGGCAGAGAGAGAUGUGCUGAGAACUGCAGCCCUGUGCAGCUUCUGCCUUUGAUCGUAUAUCUCACACAUGCCCUUUGCUUUCCCUCUGCUGAUAUUUAUUAGGUUUAAUUUUACUGGGACACGGCUGUAAGUGAGACAGAUGGAACAGGGUCUGUGCGCCUGGUGAACACAUCUUAAUUAAACAGAUAAAUAAACUUUCAUUCCAGGAGGCUUCAGUUUCAGAGGGUCUCCUCCAGGGCUGUGGCUCCGCCGGGCUGGGCAACCCUGGCCAGCGCUCCUCGGGGCUGGUGCCACCGCUGGUGCUGUCAGCUGGGGCUGUGGCACAGUGUCACUGGGAGCAGCAGGGUGAGGGAAACCGGCCGCUGGUGGCUGGGAACACAUUCCCCACUGGAGCUGUGGGAUUGGUGUUGCCCUGCCAUGCUGGAGUUCCGUAGGGCUCCCUGCUGCUGUGGGGCAUCUGCAGCCAGGCAGGUGUUGGCAAUGGCUGGAGGAGGGAGAGAGGAGACUCCCAACAUCCCACACUCCUCAGUUCCCAGAGCCGGGCCCAUUUUGCUGCUGGCUCAGGGCAGUGCCAGCACUCGUGGUGCUGCCACGGGCCAGGAAUGCCUUUGAGUCACCCUGGCCGGAGCCAGGCUCUGGCGCGGGGGAGGGCGGGCAGAUUACCUCAUCCUGGAGCCGGCCUCUGCCUCACGGGGUUUGUUUGGUUGGGCACCGCCAGGCCGGCGUGCCAGGCAGUGCCCUGCCCUUGUCACCUCCGGGAGCUGCAGUGGAGCCAGACCAGCCCAGGGCCUUCAGAGCUGCCCAUCAGUUUGCUCAGGGUGCCCCUCACCGCUCAGGGUCUGUGUGGUGCCUGGGUGCGUGCAGGUGCCUCAGGGGGCCACUCUCCCCUCAGCUGCUUGAGGGACUGAGGGAGGACCCACUUGUGCCUUAGAGAGCUGUCCCACGUCCUGCCCCGGGUGCUGGAGAGUGUGGCACUGGGGCCGUGGGGCUUCCGAGGAAGGGGAGCUGGAGGCGAGCGGGAGCGCGGGGUCCAAGCACUGUGGUGUGCCGGAGGGGCCACGUCCUUGGAGCUGGAUGGCGAGCAGUCAUGGUGGGACACCCGUGCUCCUCGCAGGGAGCAGUGCCCGGGGAUGCCGUUGGCAAUGGAGUGGAUGUCGCUGCUGGAUCCUUUCAGCGCUUGGUUCCGGGGGGUGAUGGUGUUGACAAACCCUCCCCCAGCCUGACAUCCUCUCCCCAAUUUGGCACCUCGUGGUCCCUAUGGAGCGUGGUGCCCCCAGUCACAGAACCCCACAGGAGGGGCUGGUGCUCCCUAGGCCCCAGACACUGCUUCCUCAGGACAGCUCUUCCAGAGCAGGUUUUUCCUGUGGCUCCAGGCCGGCCGUGCCACAUGCUGCUGCUCUGAGUGUCUGCAGUAGAAACGGGAACCGCUGUGAGUGUACCAGGACACUGCAGCAUGUCACUCUGCCUGGGGAUACUGUGGAAAAUCCCAGCUCCAAAAAGGGCUGGUCGUGUGCUGGAGGCUCCGGCGGAGACAGAGCAUCAGCAGCUGCUGGCACAGCCCUGCCUUUGUGCAUCAUAUUUGGCCAAGAUGGAAACUGAGUUGAGCCCAGGUUUUGUUUCCCACAUACCCCAUCAGAACACCAUCCUGGUGGCCUUGGUCAUGGCUCCAGAGCCAGGCACGAUGCAGUGCCAGGGCGUGGGGUGCUGGGGAGGGACCCCUGUGCCAGUGCUGAGCUCUGUGGCACCAGAGGGGGCCAGGGCUGCUGUGGGGCUGUGGACGGGUGGAGGUGUGAGGUGGGACGGAGACCCGAGCGAGCACACGUGUGCGCCCACGCCGGCGGUCCCUCACGGGCACCUACACGUAGGCUAUUGCCAUGGCAGCUGUGACAGCGGUGUGUGUGGUGUGGAUGCGUCAGGGCUGCUGGCAGCACUGCAGGCCCCUCGGAAACGCCAGAAUGCCUCUCGAGCUCUGCUGAGGCUGACCACCGGCCGGCCUGUGGUUCUUGGGGCAGAGGGUCCCCAUCGCUCUGGGGAAUGCAGGGGAGCCAGCAUCAGCAGGCAGGGCCCCUCGUGUCACCCCAGGGUGCAGGAGUUCCCGCAGCCCUCCACACCUGGGGGACCGGCAGGCUGGCGGGGGGUCACAGGGCCCUGCCUGGGGCUCCCACGCCUCGGCAGGGCCCAGCAGCUGUGCCCAGGGCACGCAGGCGGCGGUGAGGCCGUGGCUGCUCCAUAGGGAAUGCCGUGGGCUGCUGGCCCUGCCCGCGGUGGCGCAGGCCCGUGGCGGUGCGGCAGUGGCUGCGGGGCCACGCGGGGCUGCAGGCGGGAGCGGGUCGGUGGCUCCCGGAGAGGCGGAGCUGGGGCUGCU